AUGUCGAACAUUCCAAAAUUCGUUCUUAAUAAUGGGAUGAAAAUUCCCGCACUCGGGUUUGGAACUUAUCAAAUAAGAAAGUGUGAAGAUGUUGAUAAAUCGAUAAAAAAUUCAGCAAUUGGAUAUAAAAAUGAAGAUUCAAUUGGCAAAGCUAUCAAAGAAUUGAUUGAAGAUCCUUCCUUGGGUCUUAAACGCGAAGAUUUUUUUAUUACAACCAAACUUCCUCCCAAUGAUCAGGGAUACGAUUGCUGUUUAAAAGCAUUCUCAUGUUCGUUGAAACGAUGGAAGUUUGAUUAUCUUGACUUAUUUUUAAUCCAUUGGCCCGGGUCGCAUAAAUUGAAACCUUCGGAUCCCAAGCAUGCAGAAAAUCGUAAAGGAAGUUGGGAAGCUUUAGAAAAAUUAUACGCGGAAGGAAAGGUUCGGUCCAUAGGAAUAUGCAAUUAUACGCAUAAACAUCUUACCGAACUGUUAUCAUAUUGUACGGUAGUACCACAAGUGUUGCAAUUUGAAUUACAUCCACUUUUAUAUCAAAAAGAUAUAAUUUAUUUAUGUAAAAAGCAUAAUAUUCAAGUACAAGCUUAUUCAAGUUUUGGGCAAGGAAAGUUAUUGAAUGGGGAAAUCGAUCUUCCUAUUUUAAAAGUAAUUGCUGAUAAACAUGGGGUCACUCCCGGACAAGUUUUAUUAAGAUGGGGAUAUCAACAUGAUGCUAUCGUUAUACCAAAGUCUAUAACACCAGAACGAAUAAGUCAAAAUGCGAAUAUAUUUCAUUUUGAAUUGACAGAACAAGAAAUGGAAUCUCUUGAUUCCUUGAGUGAAACGCAACCAAGACGAUUCUGUUGGGAUCCCACCAAUAUCAAUUAA